GGUCCAGGUGCUCCAGCCAGCCGUGUGCUCAGACGUUCAUCAGAAGAAGAUAGUGGGCCGGUGGAAAGUGUGCGUGUGGGGUAUCGCGAAGGGCAGGGCGCGAUCACAGACGGGUUAUUGUUCUGAUUUAACCGCUGCCUCCUCGCGAUCUCCUCGAGUCUUCACUCGCAUCCCAUGGGCUUGGAAAAUACCGUGCUUCUGAGCUACAGCUGAACUCCCUGCGCGUAUAAUGUUCAAGAAGAGCAAGAGCAAAGUUCUGGUGGAUGAAGAGUCAGAGGAGGACGACGUGGCGUGGCAUCACGAGCACGCGAGGAAGGAUAAAGACUCAGAGGGAACAGAGGAAGUUCUGAGCCCCUCAACAAAGUUCUUAGUGAAUGGACGCAUUGAAUGGUCUGCUAAGAAAAACUGGGAGGAUGACAAGAGUAAAGCGCACCCAGAAAAAGACAAAGCACACUGUCUGUGGGACAGCAUCACGAUGACGAUGAAGCAAAUCACACCCACGAGGAAGAUCGACAAGAUUGAGGGCUGGGAGCCGCCUCAGCUGAAUGAUGGAAUGGAGGAGGAAAAAAAUGAGCUGGAGAAGAAGAGGAGCGACUCAUCCCCGCUGUCCUCCCCUCUGUCGCUGUCUCUGCCGCAUUCUCUGGGUUUACCGUCCUGGGUUGGCUUGGGUUCAGAGGAGGACUCGUCUCGUUACUCUAGUCUGACUGAAUCACAGACGGGCGGCCCUGCCCAGUGGGCGGCUCGGGCACGAGAUAAAUUAGCUGCCGUUCGCCGCCGAAGUCCAGCCAGCCUAUCAGAAAGUAAUUGGGAGGGGCUAAAAUGAUUGACAUAUUAAUGUCUGUGAGGAUGGCCACACGCCCGUGUAUACCAACUCUUAAUUGGAUAGCCCACUGAUGUGAAGAGUAGGACCCUCAGACCAAGAGUGCCUGAUUGAAUGAUUUGUCACUUUUCCAUUUGAUAUAAAAUGCGUGUCCAACGUUUGAAUGGAGCUACUUCAGAGAAAUCACUGGAUGUACUCCUAGUUAAUCACCAUGCUGUUUAGUACAUUACUUUUAAAGGCUAUAAAAGACAUUUAAACACUCAAAGGGAGAGUUCAACCAAAAAUGAAGAUCAUUUAUUCACCCUCAUGU